AACUGCUGCCAUUAGUACUAUCGUAAACUGGAUAUGGUUAGACCACAGCGGGCUGGGAGAAACCGUACCACAGCCAGAUAGGCAUCGUUGUCCUGCCAGUGAGUUCAGGAUAGCACAGCAUUCUCGCACAAACCAUGAGACGUUGACGUGUUUCUGUACUCUAGUGCACUGGCAUCGAUUGGUACAGCUGAUGAUGACUAGUCCAGGGUAGUGACUCUGUGAUCUCUGUGAUCGCGAUCCUCUAGACACCUCUGCUUGGCGUCAGACAUGCGAGACAACUUCAUGAUGGACAACGUGAUUCCAGACAGCACUGGGCUGGGCAGCUAGUCGCCUUUUCUGCCAGAUUUGAAACUGGCCCCAUCACAGACCAGCGACAAAGUUUAAUUAAUGCUAAGCGUGACAAAUUGUCCGUUGGUUUGAUUGCGCGUUGACUGCCUGCAUCACAAGCCGUGAGCGUGACAGAAUAUUCCUUGCCCUUGACGUCGGCGUAGGCGAUGCAGCAUUAAAUACUUAUGGAGCCUGGUCAGUCGGGUAGAAUCGGUAGAAUUAUUUGUCGAGGUAAUUGUUAUAGGCAUUGUGCAUAGCGUGCGUGUCCGCUUUGGUCCGUAACUUUGUUUCUGCAAGUAAAAAGCAACUAGCUAGCACGAUCUUGACCACUUGUUUGCCAGUAGUCUUCUCAGGCAGUGUGCUGGUAUCCACUUAACGUACUACACCAGAAGUACAGUUCUGACAAGAGAGAAUGUUUGCGUAGAUGACGGUGUGCAUUACUGGUAUUAUGUUAAUACUUUGAACGCGGCGGAAUCGAGCUAGGCUUCGAAAAUGAAGCAGAUCAGCGAGCCGCAUCCACACAGAGCAGAGUUCAUCCAUGUCGAAGAGGAAUGGCACCCAUGCGAGCGAGCAGUAUCCCUCCGUGUAGUGAACACGUGGCUUAGCUGUGGAGACGGCGGUGAUGAAGUUUACGUCACCGACACCCAGGAAACGUGGGUUGCUGGUGAACAGUUCUGCCAAAGUCAAGGCAGCCAUCUCGUCAGCUUCCCCCAGAUCACGGCAUGCAGGUCAAGUUUACUGUCGUUGCUUGGUCCUGCAGAAGUCCGUACCAGCUACAGCAAAUUGCUGGAUGGACUUCAGUACCGUGAUGUUGGAAACGACUUACAAUUGUCGGACAGUGUCAUUGACAUCUCAGGCUUUCCCGGCAAUUGCACGUUUGCGUUUCUUGGACGUCAAUCACGGCCGGAGCAAUGGACGUCAAUCACGGCCGGAGCAAUGGACGUCAAUCACGGCCGGAGCAAUGGACGUCAAUCACGGCCGGAGCAAUGGACGUCAAUCACGGCCGGAGCAAUGGACGUCAAUCACGGCCGGAGCAAUGGACGUCAAUCACGGCCGGAGCAAUGGACGUCAAUCACCGCCGGAGCAAUGGACGUCAAUCACCGCCGGAGCAAUGGACGUCAAUCACCGCCGGAGCAAUGGACGUCAAUCACGGCCGGAGCAAUGGACGUCAAUCACGGCCGGAGCAAUGGACGUCAAUCACGGCCGGAGCAAUGGACGUCAAUCACGGCCUGAGCAAUGGACGUCAAUCACCGCAGGAGCAAUGGACGUCAAUCACGGCCGGAGCAAUGGACGUCAAUCACCGCCGGAACAAUGGACGUCAAUCACGGCCGGAGCAAUGGACGUCAAUCACCGCCGGAGCAAUGGACGUCAAUCACGGCCGGAGCAAUGGACGUCAAUCACCGCCGGAGCAAUGGACGUCAAUCACGGCCGGAGCAAUGGACGUCAAUCACGGCCGGAGCAAUGGACGUCAAUCACGGCCGGAGCAAUGGACGUCGAUCACGGCCUGAGCAAUGGACGUCAAUCACCGCAGGAGCAAUGGACGUCAAUCACGGCCGGAGCAAUGGACGUCAAUCACCGCCGGAACAAUGGACGUCAAUCACGGCCGGAGCAAUGGACGUCAAUCACCGCCGGAGCAAUGGACGUCAAUCACGGCCGGAGCAAUGGACGUCAAUCACCGCCGGAGCAAUGGACGUCAAUCACGGCCGGAGCAAUGGACGUCAAUCACGGCCGGAGCAAUGGACGUCAAUCACCGCCGGAGCAAUGGACGUCAAUCACCGCCGGAGCAAUGGACGUCAAUCACGGCCGGAGCAAUGGACGUCAAUCACGGCCGGAGCAAUGGACGUCAAUCACGGCCGGAGCAAGGACAGUGUACACAGUGUGUACAUACACCUUUGUGUAGACGUAAUCCUGGGAACCAUCCAUUGUGUGCGGAUCGCACACAUUUUCAUAUAUCAGCAUCUCGUUUUCAGCUGACGACGCAAACCGGACGUGUCGCCAACAGUAUGGUGGUUGGCUGUUGUCAACAAACAUGCAGCGGCUCAGCUGCGUCUCUGAGCUCCUGAAUUCGUCUCAGGUGCUGAGAGACAGCAACGUCACCAUCAUACUUCUCUGCACCAGCGGCACGAACGGGUCAGCUGAUUGUGAGGUGUAUUUGCCAUCAAGGUCGGCAGUACUUCCAGACUCAUUCACCGCAGCCAGGCCGACCGUCUGCGUGUCUCGGUACUGCAAUGGCAGCGACAACUUGGUGGCGGUACGAAAUGAAGACCGGUGUCAGUGCAGACCCGGUUAUAUCCGUACAUCCGCACACAGCUCAGACACUGAGCAACUUUACUGUGUGGUUUGGCGUGACCAACACCACUGUCAGCUGUGGCUUCAGCCCGUUCAAUCAGACACUUCGUUUCGAGGACAGGCUGUACGAAGUUGCCGUCUCUCCACACAGUUCUUCUGUACGAUAACAGCCGGCUGAAACAAUGAUGAUAACAGCUGGCUGAAGCAGUGUUGAUCACAGCCGGCUGAAGAAGCGACGACAACCGCCGGCUGAGGAAGGGACGCCAAUAGCCGCCUGAAACAGUGACUACAAUAGCCGGCUGUAGUAACAACUCCAACAGCCAGCUGAAGCAGUGAUGAUAACAGCCAGCUGAAGCAGAGAUGAUAACAGCCAGCUGAAGCAGUGACUACAACAGCCGGGUACAGCAGAGACGAUAGCAGCCGGCUGAAGCGAUGAUGACAAUACCCGGCUGAAGGAGCAGUGAUGAUAACAAGCUACUGAAUCAGAGACGAUAGCAGCCGGCUGUAGCAAUGACGAUAACAUCCGGCUGAAGUAACGACAAUAGCCGGCUGAAGCAGUGAUGAUAACAGCCGGCUGAAUCAGAGAUAAUAACAGCCGGUUGUAGCAGUGACGAUGACGGCCGGUUGAAGCAGCGACAAUGCCAGCUGGCUGGAGCAACGACGACAAAAGCCGGCUACAGGAAUGACUACCCCACCCGGGUGUGGUAGUGACGAUAACAGCCGGCUAAAGCAGUGACGAAAAUAGCCGGCUGAAGGAGCGAUGAAAUCAGCCGGCUGAAGCUGUGAUGAUAAUAACCGCCUGAAUCAGUCAGUACAACAGCGAGGGUGUAGCAGAGACGAUAACAGCCGGCUGAAGCAAUGCCUACCAUAGCCGGCUGAAGCAAUGACUACCACAGCCAGCUGAAUGACUACCACAGCCAGCUGAAGCAAUGACUACCACAGCCAGCUGAAGCAAUGACUACCACAGCCAGCUGAAGCAAUGACUACAACAGCCAGCUGCAGCAGAUACGAUAACGGCCGGCUGAAGCAGCGACAAUGAAAGUCGGCUGAAGCAAUGACUACCACAGCCGAUUGUAGCAGACACAAUAACGGCCGGCUGAAGCAGCGACAAUGACAGCCGGCUGUCGCAGCGCGAUGACAGCCGGCUGUAGUAGUGACGAUAACAGCCGGCUAAAGCAGUGACAACAAUAGCCGGCUGAAGGAGCGAUGAAAGCAGCCGGCUGAAGCAGUGAUGAAAAUAACCACCUGAAUCAGUCACUACAACAGCGAGGGUGUAGCAGAGACGAUAACAGCCGGCUGAAGCAAUGACUACCACAGCCAGCUGAAGCAAUGACUACCACAGCCGGCUGAAGCAAUGACUACCACAGCCGGAUGAAGCAAUUGCUACAACAGCCAGCUGCAGCAGAUACGAUAACGGCCGGCUGAAGCAGCGACAAUGAAAGUCGGCUGAAGCAAUGACUACCACAGCCGAUUGUAGCAGACACGAUAACGGCCGGCUGAAGCAGCGACAAUGACAACCAGCUGUCGCAGCGCGAUGACAGCUGGCUGUAGUAGUGACGAUAACAGCCGGCUGCAGAAGCGAAGACAAUCGCCGGCUGAAGCCGAAAAGAUAACAGCCGGCUGAAACAAUGACGGUAAUAGCCGGCUGAAGCAGUGAUGAUCACAGCCGGGUGAAAAAGCGACGAUUACAGCCAGCUGAAGAAGGGAUGCCAAUAGCCGGCUGAAGCAGUGACUGCAAUAUCCGGCUAAAGCAAUAACUCCAACAGCCAGCUGUAGUAGAGGCGAUAACAGCCAGCUGAAGCAGUGACAACAACAGCCGGCUGUAGAAGAGAUAAUAACAGCCGACUGGCGCAGUGAGAAUGACAGCCUGCUGUUGCAGUGACGACAAUAGCAGGCUGAAGGAGCGAUGACAACAGCCGGCUGAGGCUGCGAUGAUAAGAGCCGGCUGAAUCAGAGAUGAUAACAGCCGGCUGUAGCAGUGACGAGAACGGCCGGCUGACACAGCAACAAUGCCAGCCGGCUGGAGGAACGACGAAAAGACCCGGCUGAAGCAAAGACUACACCACCCGGCUGUAGCAGUGACGAUAACAGCCGGCUAAAGCAGUGACGGCAAUAGCCGGCUGAAGGAGCGAUGAAAGCAGCCGGCUGAAACUGUGAUGAUAACAACUGCAUGAAUCAAUGACUACAACAGCCAGCUAUAGCAGAGACGAUAGCAGCCCCCUGAAGCAAUGACUACCACAGCCGAUUGUAGCCGACACGAUAACGGCCGGCUGUAGCAGCGCGAUGACAGCACGGCUGUAGUAGUGACGAUAACAGCCGGCUCCAGAAACGAAGACAAUCGCCGGCUGAAGCCGAAAAGAUAACAGCCGGCUGAAACAUUGACGAUGACAGCUGGCUGAAGCAGUGAUGAUCACAGCCGGCUGAAUGAGCGACGAUAACAGCCGGCUGAAGCAGCGACGAUAACAGCCGGCUGAAGCAGUGACGGCAACAGCCGUGUACAGCAGAGAUGAUAGCAGCCGGCUGAAGCAAUGACGGCAAUAGCCGGCUGAAGGAGCGAUGAUGACAGUUGGCUGAAGCUGUGAUGACAACAGUGGACUGUAGCAGUAACGAUAACAGCCGGCUGUAAUAACCACAAUAGCUGGCUGAAGCUGUUAUGAUAACAGCCGGCUGAAUCAGAGACGAUUACAGCCGGCUGUAGCAAUGACGAUAACAGCCGGCAGAAGUAACGACAAUAGCCGGCUGAAGCAGUUAGGAUAACAGCCAGCUGUAGCAGUGACGAUGACGGCCAGUUGAAGCAACGACAAUGACAGCCGGCUUGAGCAAAGACUACAACAAACGGCUGUAGCAGAGAUAACAGGCAGCUGUAGCAGAGACGAUAGCAGCCUGCUAAAGCAGUGAUGACAAUAGGCGGCUGAAGGAGCGAUAAAAAAAGCCGGCUGAAGCUGUGGUGAUAACAACCGCCUGAAUCAGUCACCAAAAGAGCCGGGUGUAGCGGAGGUGAUAGCAGCCGGUUGAAGAAGUGACUACCAAAGCAGAUUGUAGCAGACACAAUAACGGCCGGCUGAAGCAGCAACAAUGACAGCCGACUGUAGGAGCGCGAUGACAGCCGGCUUUAGUAGUGACAAUAACAGCCGGCUGCAGAAGCGAAAACAAUCGCCGGCUGAAGCAGUGACUACAAUAGCCGGCUGUAGUAACGACUCAACAGCCAGCUGCAGCAGAGAUGAUAACAGCCAGCUGAAGCAGUGACUACAACAGCCGGGUACAGCAGAGACGAUAGCAGCAGGCUGAAGCGAUGACGACAAUACUUGGCAGAAGGAGCGAUGACAACAGCCGGCUGAAUCUGUGAUGACAACCGUCGAAUGUAGCGGUGAUGAUAACAGCCGUCUGUAUCAGUGACGAUAACAGCCGGCUAAAGUAACGACAAUAACCGGCUGAAGCAGUGAUGAUAACAGCCGACUAACUCAGCGACACUAACAGCCGGCUGUAGCAGUGAGGAUGACAGCCGGGUGAAGCAGCCACAAUGACAGCCGGCAGGAGCAACGACGACAAAAGCCGGCUGAAGCAAAGACUACAACUGCCGGCUGUAGCAUAGAUGAUAACAGUCGGCUGCAGCAGUGAUGAUUUCAGCCGGCUAAAGCAGUGACGACAAUAGCCGGCAGAAGGGGCGAUGACAACAGCCGACUGAAGCUGUGAUGAUAAAAUCAGCUGAAUCAGUGACUAAAACAGCCGGGUGUAGCAGAGAUGAUAGCAGCCGGCUGAAGCAAUGACUACCGCAGCCAGCUGUAGCAGAUACAAUAACGGCCGGCUGAAGCCGCGACAAUGACAGCCGGCCUUAGUAGUGACGGUAACAGCCGCCUGGAGCAGCAAAGACAAUCACCGCUUGAAGCAGUAAAGAUAACAGCCGGCUGAAACAAUGACGGUAACAGCCGGCUUUUGCAGGGACUAUAAAAGCCGGCUGACAAAGUGAUGACAAAAGCCGGCUGAAGAAUUGACAAUAACAGCCGGCUAAAGCAGGGACUACAAUGGCCGGCAGAAGCAAUGACUCCAACAGCAAGUUGGAGCAGAGACGAUAACAGCCGGCUGAAGCAAUGACGAUAGCAGCCGUCUGAACCAGUGACAAAAAAAUAGCCGGCAGAAGGAGGGAUGACAACAGCCGGCUGACACAGUGAAGACAAAAGCCGGCUGAAUGAGCGACGAUAACAGCCGGCUGAAGCAAUGACUGCAACACCCGGCUGUAGCAGACACGAUAAAAGCCGGCUGAAGCAGUGACGAUGGCAGCCGGCUGUACUAGGGAUGUUAACAGCCAGCUGAAGCAGAGAUGACAAUAGCCGGCUGAAGAAUCGAUGAUGACAGCCGGUUGAAGCAGAGACGAUAAAAGCCAGCUGAAGCACCGACGACAAUAGCUGGCUAGAGCAAUGAUUCCAACAACCAGUUGUAACAGAGACGGUAAUAGCCGGCUGUAGGAGAGAUAAUACCAGCCGGCUCUGGCAGUGAGGAUGACAGCCGGCUGUUGCAGUGACGACAAUAGCAGGCUGGAGGAGCGAUGACAACAGCCGGCUGAAGCAGUGACUACCACAGCCGGCGGUAGCAAGACGAUAAUAGCCGGCUGAAGUAACGAAAAUCGCUGGCUGAAGUAGUGAUGAUAACAGCCGGCUGAAUCAGAGACGAUGACAGCCGGCUAAAACAGCGACGAUGACAGCCGGCUGAAGCCACGUCGACAACAGCCGGCUGAAGCAAAGACUGCAACAGCUGGCUUAAGCAAAGACUAUAACAGCCGGCUGUAGCAGAGAUAAUAACAGCCGGCUGAAGCAGUGACGACAACAGCCGGGUGUAGUAGAGACGAUAACAGCCGGCUGAAGCAAUGACUACCACAGCAGGCGGUAGCAGACACGAUAACGCCCACCUGAAGCAGCGAAGACAAUCGCCGGCUGAAGCAAUGCCGGUAACCGCCGGCCGAAGCAGCGACGGCAAUAGCCGGCUGAAAGAGUUAUGAUAACAGCCUCCUGAAACAAGGAAAAUAAUGGCCGGCUGUAACAGCAACGACGAUUAGCGGCUGAAGCAGCGAAGAUGAUAGCCGACUGAAGCUUUCACUCUAACAGCCGGCUGUAGCAGUCGGGCAACAGCAGGCUGAAGCAGUAAAGAUAUCAACCGGCUGAAACAAUGACUAUGACAGCCGGCUGUAUCAGUGACGAUAACAGCCGGCUUUUCCAGAGAAUUUAAGUCGGCUGAGUCAACGAAUAUAACAGCCAGGUGUAGCAGUUACGAUAACAGCCGGCUGAUAGAGCAACAGUAGGAAGUUCGCGAACAGCCGGCUGGAGCAGUUACAAUAAUUGGCGGCUUUAGUGGUGGUGAUAGCAGCUUAACCGCCGAUAUUCUGCGCCGGUUCAUCGUUGCGUACCGGCUACAGUUGUUUGCUUGCAUAGCCGCUACCGUCUUUUGAUGGCGUAGCUGCUGCCAGGGCAUAGCUGCUACAAUCACUUGUCAGCAUGGCUGCAACAGUCACUUGCAGAUCAAACACCUAUCCUUGUUUUCAACAUAACUAUCAAGUGCUUGUGACUUGUAUCCAUGGGUCUUCAAGCCUCACCCAGUUCAAACAAAGAUUGAAUCCAACCAGUCAACGUGGCACACCGUGUGAACGGUGAUUGUCCCUACAACACUGGAUCACAUUGGAUUGUCUCUACCACACUGGAUCACAUUGGAUUGUCCCUACAACACUGGAUCACAUUGGAUCGUCUCUUCAACCCUUCAUUGAUUGUAUCUACAACACUGGAUCGUGACUUCAACACUUCAUUGAUUGUCCCUACAACACUGGAUCACAUUGGAUCGUCUCUUCAACCCUUCAUUGAUUGUCCCUACAACACUGGAUCACAUUGGAUCGUCUCUUCAACCCUUCAUUGAUUGUCUCUACAACACGGGAUCACAUUGGAUCGUCUCUUCAACCCUUCAUUGAUUGUAUUUACAACACUGGAUCACACUGGAUCGUGACUUCAACCCUUCAUUGAUUGUAUCUACCACACUGGAUCACAUUGGAUUGUCUCUUCAACACUUCAUUGAUUGUCUCCACAACACUGGAUCACACUGGAUCGUCUCUUUAACACUUUAUUGAUUGUCUCUCAUACAACGGAAUGCCUGUACAACACUGGAUUCUACAACGAAUUGGCAGCCGUGUGUCACAUCGUAUGGGCAGAGUGGAUGAGAUCUUGGCUGUUUGUGCAAUGGCGUGCUGGUAGCGGGUCAAGCCAUAAGGUAUGUAACGUACAGAAGUAGAUAUCCAAACCGCACAACCGAAACAAGACUCGUCACUAAUGAUUUUUAAACUUCCAGAAACGUUUUGUGUCUUUAAAGAGUUUGAUACGGUUUGCAGAGUCUGAGAGGGAGAGUAUAGUUAUGAAAAGAGCAGAGUAAGAGGGAUGUCUAAAAGAUGCCAAGCAGAACAAAAGCAAACCUGUGUACUAGCGUCUAUGACAGUGUGAACGCAAAGAGCACAACAUUCUACCGGUGCAAUUUGACGUUCAAGACGAAACCGGGUGCUUGCGGUUCAUCAUGCUUGAACGAAAAGAACGAGUGUCCUCCCAUUUUAAGUUCACACUGUGUUCAAUACACAGUAAGCAGAGCUGCCUUGAACAUCAGACAGAACAAGGUUCGCCUUAAAAAUAACGAAUUAGGAUCCGAGGGCCGCAAUUGGAGCUAUGCAUUGAAGGUGGCCGUCACCUUUUUUCCGGCAGGUUGAACCAUAGAAGGUAAAGCCAGCAGAAGUCGAUUUUUUAGUACAUUGUAUGGCCAAGAGUGCAUAACCCCCCCCCCCCCUGCAGAGUGUGAAACGGUACACCCCAUUCUAGCAAGGGUUUCGGAGAAUCUCUGUUUGUGCUAAACUCAAGUGGCAGGCAAAAAACAAUCUAUCUGUAGUUCAGUGACUAUAAAAGGUCAUAAUGAUGCUGCCAUAUUUCGGGCCAUUCUAAGUGUUCCACGUGUUCAGGACAGAAAAGGUAGCAUGAAAGUUCCCUACUUUUGCUCCAGUUUGCCCGUCUGUGAGAUGCUACAAUGCAGCAGUCAGUUUUGUGCGAAGUAGAGUAUCCCGAUCCGCAGUCAGUUUUGUGCGAAGUAGAGUAUCCCGAUCCGCAGUCGAAUACACACUUUCUGUAUAAGACUCACUGUCUUGCACUGUUUGAUCUGUUACUAUCAUUCAGUGUGUCCUUGGCUGUUUGAUCUGUUACUAUCAUUCAGUGUGUCCUUACUAUCACUCAGUGUGUCCUUACUAUCACUCGGUGUGUCCUUACUAUCACUCAGUGUGUCCUUACUAUCACUCAGUGCGUCCUUACUAUCACUCAGUGUGUCCUUACUAUCACUCGGUGUGUCCUUACUAUCACUCAGUGUGUCCUUACUAUCACUCAGUGUGUCCUUACUAUCACUCAGUGUGUCCUUACUAUCACUCGGUGUGUCCUUACUAUCACUCAGUGUGUCCUUACUAUCACUCAGUGUGUCCUUACUAUCACUCGGUGUGUCCUUACUAUCACUCAGUGUGUCCUUACUAGCACUCAGUGUGUCCUUACUAGCACUCAGUGUGUCCUUACUAGCACUCAGUGUGUCCUUGGCUGAAAUCCUGAGCAGAAUUAUUGGUCCCAUGCAUACAUAGAGUGUCACAGGACGGGUAUAGAGUAUGAACUUUCAUUGGACACGCAGAAGGUCGGUCGGUACUGCCAGCCUUGAUGGGAACAGCAAAUACCACGGCACUGACGCCGCGUCUUGUUUGCGUCGUCAGCCGAAAACGCCAUGCUGUGGUACGAAUAAUGGUACGAUCUGCACAUGAUUAAAGACAGGACAACGUCCAAGGCUUCUGAGCAUAACUGGACCCAAAUAUACAGAGAUUAUCACUUGGGAGUAACGAUGCAGGAAACUUACGAGGCACGCAGACGGUCGACCUGGCUGCGGUGCAUGAGUCUGGAAGUAUUGCCGACCUUGAUGGCAAAUACACCUCGCAAUCAGCUGACCCGUUCGUGCCGCUGGUGCAGAGAGGUAUGAUGGUGACGUUGCUGUCUCUCAGCACCUGAGACGAAUUCAGGAGCUGAGAGACGCAGCUGACCCGCAGCAUGUUUGUUGACAACAGCCAACCACCAUACUGUUGGCGACACGUCCGGUUUGUGUCGUCAGCUGAAAACACGAUGCUGUGGUACGUCAAUUUGUACGAUCCGCACACUGUUGAUGGUUCCCUAAUAGCAUGAUGUGAUAAAAUUUGCAAGCCGUGAGUUGAGGGAAGCUAGUGAGAUGGCUGCCUUGACUUUGGCAGAACUGAUCGCCAGCAAUCCACGUUUCCUGGGUGUCGGUGACGUAAACUUCAUCACCGCCGUCUCCACAAUUGAGCCACGUCUUUAGUCUUCCGGUAGGAACACUUCACGGAGAAUCAGGGUUGAAUCUUACCAUGCUUGAGUCCGCAGAAAACUGGAUGGAUAUGUGUGCACUGUGCUUCCUCCGGGGGUGAUUGAUCUCCAAGAAACGCAAACAUGCAAUUGUCAAAGAGGAAUAAGACGUCAAUGAGCCUGUCUGACAAUUGCAAGUCGUUUCCAACAUCACGGUAGUUAAGUCCAUCCAGCAAUCUGCUGUUGCCGAUAUGGACGUAAAUUUAUGUAAUUGUACAAUACAUAAAAAAUAUCUUACCAGGAUUUCUUCUACACACAACUGUGAGAAUUGUUGAGCACGGUAUGUCCUCAGGCGGUAAUUCGUCAGAGAAACGUGACGCUGCAAUUGUGGGCACGGCGCCUGAAGUCGACAACACUGUCCGACAAUUGCAGCUUGUUUCCAACAUCACAGUAGUGAAGUCCAUCCAGUAAUCUAGUGUAGCUGGCAUGGACUCCUACAAGACCAAGCAACGGCAGUAAACUUGACUUGCAUGCCGUGAUCUGGGGGAAGCUGAUGAGAUGGCUGCCUUGACGUGGGCAGAACUGUUCGCCAGCAACCCACGUUUCCUGGGUGUUGGUGACAUACACUUCAUCACCGCCGUCUCCACAAUUGAGCAACGCGUUUAGUCUUCCGGUAGGAACGCUUCACGGAGAAUCAGGGUUGAAUCUUACCAUGCUUGAGUCCGCAGACGACUGUAUUGGUUAUGGAGCACCGUAUGUCCUCCGGCGGUAAUGAGUCUCCCAGAAACGCAAACGUGCAAUUGUCGAGACGGCUUUUGAUGUCAAUGACACUGUCCGACAAUUGCAAGUCGUUUCCAACGUCACGGUAGUGAAGUCCACCCAGCAAUCUGGUGUAGCUGGUAUGGACUUCUACUACAAGACCAAGCCACGAAAGUAAACUUGACUUGCAAGCCGUGAAUUGGGGAAGCUGACGAGAUGGCUGCCUUGACUUUUGCAGACCUACUCGCCAGCAACCCACUUUUCUGGGUGGUGCUGACGUAUACUUCAUCACCGCCGUCUCCACAAUUGAACCACAACUCUAGUCUUCCGGCAGGAACGCUUCAUCCCCAUCCAGUAAUCUAGUGUAGAUUAUCCGGACUAACCUUGCCAAACACCCCCUUCGACCAUGGAAUUGUUGAGCACGGUAUGUCCUCAGGCGGUAAUUCGUCAGAGAAACGUGACGCUGCAAUUGUGGGCACGGCGCCUGAAGUCGACAACACUGUCCGACAAUUGCAGCUUGUUUCCAACAUCACAGUAGUGAAGUCCAUCCAGUAAUCUAGUGUAGCUGGCAUGGACUCCUACAAGACCAAGCAACGGCAGUAAACUUGACUUGCAUGCCGUGAUCUGGGGGAAGCUGAUGAGAUGGCUGCCUUGACGUGGGCAGAACUGUUCGCCAGCAACCCACGUUUCCUGGGUGUUGGUGACAUACACUUCAUCACCGCCGUCUCCACAAUUGAGCAACGCGUUUAGUCUUCCGGUAGGAACGCUUCACGGAGAAUCAGGGUUGAAUCUUACCAUGCUUGAGUCCGCAGACGACUGUAUUGGUUAUGGAGCACCGUAUGUCCUCCGGCGGUAAUGAGUCUCCCAGAAACGCAAACGUGCAAUUGUCGAGACGGCUUUUGAUGUCAAUGACACUGUCCGACAAUUGCAAGUCGUUUCCAACGUCACGGUAGUGAAGUCCACCCAGCAAUCUGGUGUAGCUGGUAUGGACUUCUACUACAAGACCAAGCCACGAAAGUAAACUUGACUUGCAAGCCGUGAAUUGGAGAAGCUGACGAGAUGGCUGCCUUGACUUUUGCAGACCUACUCGCCAGCAACCCACUUUUCUGGGUGGUGCUGACGUAUACUUCAUCACCGCCGUCUCCACAAUUGAGCCACAACUCUAGUCUUCCGGCAGGAACGCUUCAUCCCCAUCCAGUAAUCUAGUGUAGAUUAUCCGGACUUCAACCUUGCCAAACACCCCCUUCGACCAUGGCAGCAUACCUAGAGCUAAGGGGAAAUCCCCUCCGACCAUGACCAGCAUACCUGGAGCUAAGGGGAAAUCCCCUCCGACCAUGACCAGCAUACCUAGAGCUAAGGGGAAAUCCCCUCCGACCAUGACCAGCAUACCUAGAGCUAAGGGGAAAUCCCCUCUGACCUUGACCAGCAUACCAAAAUGGUUGAACUGUAGUUCUGUGC